AUGGAGUGCUCAUUGGAAGAUGACUCUGCAAUGCUGGCACACUUGAUGGAGCAAGAUUUCCCUGAUCCAAGCUUUGAACUCCCACUUUGUUGUUCUUCUUCUUCUGCCAUUGCUGAUUCCUCCUCUUCUUAUUGCUAUUAUUACUCGUCUGAAAUCGAAAACAUCGGUUCUUACAAGGAAUUCUGUGCUCCGCAUUGUGGAUAUAGUGGCGAUGGCUUUUGUGUGAAUGAAACAGAUGCAGCUCUAAGAGUUCCAGGGCCACCAGUUUGUGCUUCUUCAAUUGGAGAUUUAGCCCAUUUGAGUGAAGAUGCAAGCAGCAGUGAGAUUGGACAGCCUGUUUCAAUGCUGCAGGCUAAGCGAAAGGGUCGAAAAGAGUUCACCGUCACCGUCACCGUCACCGUCACCGUCGAAGAGGAUUCGGAGCCAAACAUGAAAAGGAGGGAAAGAAUCAACGCAAGACUGAAAAUUUUGCAGAAUCUGGUUCCUAAUGGAACUAAAGUUGACAUAAGCACAAUGUUGGAGGAAGCUGUCCAAUAUGUCAAGUUCUUGCAGCUACAAAUCAAGGCAAGUAGAACAAACACUUUUGGUCUAAAGAUUAAGUUUGCCAAGGCGAUCGAACUAAGUUUGUUCUUUCCACGAACACAGCUCCUGAGUUCAGAUGAACUGUGGAUGUAUGCUCCAAUCGCUUACAAUGGAGUCAACGUAGGACUUGACCUGAAGGUUUCUGCGACACAGGAACAAAAGUAG